AUGGUGUGCAUGAUUAUUUUCUCCGAUGAUCGUAGUUUUUAUUCCUGUUCUGAAGACGCGUUUCACAUUUUUGUAAUUUCCAGAUUUUGCUUGAGGUUUGGUUUGGGUUUUUCAUUUUUUCAACCCGUAAAAAACGUUAUUUUCAAAAUAGAGUCACUGAUUUCCUUAUUGGGUCGCUUUCAUCAUGGUCGUUAUAGUGAAGCAGACUGCAAAAAAUUCUUCUGUAAAUUUAAGUUUCUAUGUUCAAAGUUGCAGCUGAUCUUCUAUAGUACGCGACCAGUUGUUUCUAGUUGUGCCGGUUUCUGUUUCGACGUAACAAAAAAGCUGUAGUUUGAAAAUCACCAUUUUUAGUCGCUUUGACAUUAUCUUUCGGGGAUAAGAAAAGAUAAAGGCUCAUGUCUACUUCCCGUCUAUUCUCUACGAUCUCGUCCUAACUCCCGCAAGGUCACAGGCUCCACAGCUCGAUAGCGUCACGCUCCUAGUCCCGCCACUUUGUAAGCGGUAAGCCCUUGUGCUGCGAUUUAUUUCUGCCUAACAAUCCAGUAAAUUGUUUUCGAUAGGUACUAGUCCGAAUCUAUCAAUCGCGUUUCUCAAUGUCCCUUCGGGUUGAGGUUCAUAUUGAUACGGUUAAGACGAAAAAUAUUUAUCGGACAGAGGCAUGAUAAUGCUUUGUUGUUUUUUUUUUCUUAUUCUUUCAGCAACAGACGACCAUGCUGAUAGAAAUUGCUACCAUUUUUUUUCAAAAUGCACACUACCUAGACCGAUUUAUUGCCUUUUCUGCCGAAACAGACUGUUUUUGAAAUACAUCCUCCUCGACGUGGUGAAGAUGCUUUCUCCCAGGUUAGUUUUAAGGCCCUUGCCAGGUAAGUAGAAGUAGACAAAAGACUUCUACAUCCCGCACCUGCACGACUGGGGCUAACGCAAUCAUUUUUUUAUCCAACGUCUCAGCUCCCUGUAAUAGGUGUUCUUUUACGCGCUUUUUAUCCGUCUCGUUCGACAGAUAGACUCCUGCUACACACUGUCUGGACGAGAUGAAGACAAAAGAAGUGUCUGUUUGGACAGUUUCAAGAUGCCCUUUCACUCUCAACACUUUUGCACCACGCAGCAAAGUGAUAGGACACACGACCCACGAAGCUACAAAUCUGCUGCAUAAUUGUGCACAUCACGACGACCGUUGCACGAUCGAGGAGCUUCAGCUCCAAAAUUGAAAAGUACACGACUUACUUUACAAAAUGCCUUUAUGUAGCUUAUUUAUGAUACCCCAGACCCAGUUCUAGUUGUUGAGUUGUAAAGAUCAUGAGAAGGAUGUUGCUAUCACCUCCUGCAGCAACACUUGCAAAAACGAAAAGGAGGACUUGCUGGCUUGGAGGAGAUAGCAACGUGCUACUGCCUGUGUAGUUCUUGGUUCCUCAUGCUAGUGCAUUGUCAGCGCUUGUUCUAGUCUUCUAGUGCUGUCAGUGCACUAGUAGGAUUUAGUUAGGAAAAUAAUGGUAGCAUGGUAUUCCUGCAGUUCUUGGACUUUGACUAUUAUCCUCAAAAAAUAAAGUUACGAAAACUACAAAUCCAGUCGCGUUUCGCUCGUACGUUGAUUCUCUUGUAACAAUAUAUUCUCUCUAUUUUCCUGUAGAAGUAGCGGAUGCACCAGAAACAAGACCACCGAAAUUGGCUGCUCCUAUCAGUAUAAUCCGUAGAAAAUGUACAACAUAUCAAUGCAGCAUUUGCAUUGGACUUUAAAUCAGCUUGAAAGUGACUUGUAAGACGUAGCAGUUGGACUACUUUUUAUUUUUAGUCGCGAAAUCCCGUAAAAUCUCUCUUGUCCUCAGUCCGCAAAACGCAAAAGUAUAGUACUACGAAUCGAAAUUUAAUUGCAACAAAUAGAAAGAGAAUGAGCAGUUGUCUCUGCCCACGACGCCCGGUUGUCUAUCGGGAGCUUGUUUUGUGUCAUUGAGAUGGUUCUUUCGUCACGCAUGCAUAUUUAUCGGGCGGCGGUGGCGGUACGACCCUGCAAACUAAGGCUCGUGAUGUUUGCCGUACGUAAGAUCCCCGGUGUUGCAGUCACAU